AUGGCGUAUUCUGAAAGAUUUACUUUAGAGCAAGCCAAACAAUUGAUAAUUGAUAAUUCUAGUGACGAAGAGAGUAUUAGUGAGCAUGAAGAGAUUACUGAUUAUUCGGAUGUAGAAUUUACUGACGAAAAAGGAAAUGAACCUUUUCUCGUUGAAGACAGCGCCGACGAUGAUGAUGAAAUAAAAUAUACACUUCAGAGUUCAAAUGUACAAAAUGACAGCUCUAAUUCAGAUCUAGGCUCUUCCGAUGAAAGCAAUGAUAAUGAAAAAAGCAAAACAUUUGUAUCUAAAUGUGGAAACAUAGUCUGGCAAAAUGAACCAGUUUACAACAAAUGUGGAAGGCGUGGUAGAAAAUCAAAUGAUGAAAAAGAAAAGAAUCAGGCUCAAAGAGUUGUGUUAGAUUUGUCAGAAAACUUAAAAGGUUCAGGAAGAAAUAUUACGUGUGAUAACUUUUUCACAAGUUUGUCUCUUAUCCAGAUGUUGAAAAAAGAAAAGCUUACUUUAUUAAGGACAAGUAGGAUUAACUUUGGCCACAAGGAUGACUUGGUAGAGACAAAGAUUCCUGCUAUACUCAGCAAAUCCGGCAGAUGUCAUGCUUGUCCUAGAAUAAAGGAUAAGAAAACAGCACUAAAAUGUUCAAAGUGCAACAAACCAACAUGUAGAGAUCAUGUUUUUAUGAUAUGUAGGAAUUGUUCUACAAAUUGA